AUGUCCGAGUACAAGAAGGCGCAAGCCCGUGUCAGGGACCUGGUUGAAAAGCGCAGGAUGCUGGAAAGACGCCUGACGCAAGUUGAAGACGGAAUCGCGCAGAAGGAAACGGCCUACCUCGACAGCACACCGAACGGGAACAUCAUCACGGGCUUUGACAACUAUAUGAAAGGCAUGAGCGGCGCGGCCGCACAGCGACGAAAGGUCGGACCAGUGGAGCAAAACAGAGUCUUUUCGCGAUCGUCAAUCUCAUACCGACCUAACAAUCUUGAGGGUAUAACUCCCGGAUCAGGGGGCUCAACGCCAGCUGGCGCGACUCCAUCAUCUGCGGCGUUCCGAGAGGGGCCAUCGAAUCUCCCGACGCCGACAUCUACGACUGCGAUCAAGAACGCGAGCAAGUCAAAGAAGAAGACGACCGAGCCUGAGGAUAGCGAAAACGAUACAUCGACGAGCAAGAAGCGAACGAAUUUUGGAGCGCAGCGCAAGUAG